UUUCUUCUUAACACUGAUCGUGGCCCACAAGCGACUGAGUUAUGUAAUGAAUGUGCAAUUCUACUUCAAAACCUUGACUGUGGUGGUCACCUUGAUAUCUUCAAUGUAAUAUCCAAUGCAUACUACGCCAUCUCUGGUAACACAAAUGCAGAAAGAUAUGCCAAGAAACUUCUUUACACGUUCCACUACGCUGGAAGACUAACCAUUCAACUGGGAGACAAAUAUGAAGCACAGCGCCGGUUUGUAGAGGCAAAGCAACUCCUCAAUAGCGCACUCAUAAUCAUGCAAACGAUUGGUCACAAAAGAGAAGAAGUAAUGGUUCAUAAAAGACUUGGAACUGUAUGUAUGAGCCUCAGUGAAAUGCAGAAGGCAAAAAAACACCACGAAACGGCGCUCACCAUGGCGAUAGAAAUUGGCGACAGACAAGGAGAAGGAGCGAUCAACGGUCACCUCGGAAAAGUGUUUUAUUCCCUUGGCGACUAUCAGAAGGCUAAAGAAUAUUACGAGAAAGCACUUGCCAUCUCGAUAGAAAUUGGCGAUAGACCAGGAGAAGAAACAAGUACCGGGAACCUCGGAAUUGUGUUUUAUUACCUUGAUAAGUAUCAGAAGGCUAAAGAAUAUUACGAGAAAGCACUUGCCAUCGCGAUAGAAAUUGGCGACAGACCAGGAGAAGAAACAAUUAACGGGAACCUCGGAAAUGUGUUUUAUUCCCUUCGCAAGUAUCAGAAGGCUGAAGAAUAUUACGAGAAAACACUUGCCAUCGCGAUAGAAAUUGGUGACAGAGAAAGAGAAGGAAUAAUUAAAGGGAACCUCGGAAAUGUGUUUAAUUCCCUUGGCAAAUAUCAGAAGGCGAAAGAAUACUACGUGAAAGCACUUGCCAUCGCGAUAGAAAUUGGCAACAGACAAGGAGAAGGAACAAUUAACGGGAACCUCGGAAAUGUGUUUUAUUCCCUUGGCAAAUAUCAGAAGGCUAAAGAAUAUUGUGAGAAAGCACUUGCUAUCGAGUUAGAAAUUGGCGACAGAAAAGGAGAAGGAGAAAGCAACAGGGUCCUCGGAAAUGUAUUUAUUUUCCUUGGCAAAAAUCAGAAGGCUAAAGAAUGCCACAAGAAAGCACUUGCCAUCGCGAUAGAAAUUGGCGACAGACAAGGAGAAGGAACAAGUAACGAAAACCUCGGAACUGUGUUUAAUUCUCUUGGCAAAUAUCAGAAGGCUAAAGAAUACUUCGAGAACGCACUUGCCAUCGCGAUAGAAACUGGCGACAGAAGUGGAGAAGGAUCAAUUAACGGGAACCUCGGAAAUGUGUUUUAUUCCCUUGACAAAUAUCAGAAGGCUAAAGAAUAUUACGAGAAAGCAAUUGCCAUCGCGAUCGAAAUUGGCCACAGACAAGCAGAAGGAACAAUUAACGGGUACCUCGGAAAUGUGUUUCACUCUCUUGGAAAAUAUCAGAAGACUAAAGAACAUUACGAGAAAGCACUUGCCAUCGCGAUAGAAAUUGGCGACAGACGAGGAGAAGGAGCAAGUAUCCACAACCUCGGAACUGUGUUUAAUUCUCUUGCCGAAUAUCAGAAGGCUAAAGAAUACUUCGAGAACGCACUUGCCAUCGCGAUAGAAAUUGGCGACAGACGAGGAGAAGGAGCAAUUAACGAGAACCUCGGAACUGUGUUUAAUUCUCUUGCCGAAUAUCAGAAGGCUAAAGAAUACUUCGAGAACGCACUUGCCAUCGCGAUAGAAACUGGCGACAGAAGUGGAGAAGGAACAAGAAACGGGAAGCUCGGAAUUGUGUUUCAUUCCCUUGGCAAGUAUCAGAAGGCUAAAGAAUACCACGAGAACGCACUUGCCAUCGCAAUAGAAGUUGGCGACAGACGAGAAGAAGGAGAAAGUAACAGGGGCCUCGGAACUGUGUUUUGUUUGCUCAGCGAAUAUCAGAAGGCUAAAGAAUGCUUCGCGAAAUCACUUGCCAUCGCAAUAGAAAUUGGCGACAGAAGAGGAGAAGGAAAAAGUAAUGGAGGCCUCGGAGCUGUGUUUCAUUCCCUCGGCAAAUAUCUGAAGGCUAAAGAAUGUCUCGAGAGAGCACUUGCCAUUGCGAUUGAAAUUGGCGACAGAAAAGGAGAAGGAGAAUAUACCGGGAACCUCGGAGUUUUGUUUUAUUUCCUUGGAAAAUAUCAGAAGGCUGAAGAAUAUUGCGAGAGAUCACUUGCCAUUGAGACAGAAAUUGGCGCGGGAAAGAGAGAUGGAUACUUGGCCCUUGGAAAUGUUCAUUUUCAGCUUGGAAGAAAUCGGCAAGCUAAAGAAUAUUUGGACAAGGCAGUUGGCAUCAGUAUAGCAAGUGGUAACAGAAUACUAGAAGCUAAAGCAACAGCAAAUUUGGCAGAUGUUUUUACAUCUGUGAAUGACAAUCAAAAAGCAAAAGAACAUUGUGAGAAGGCGCUUGCCAUCAGUAGAGAAUGUGGCGAUAGAGUUGUCGAAGCAAGAACUUACAUAACCCUUGGCAUUAACUACCAAAUUCUUGGUGAAUGCAGCAAGGCAGAAGAUUGUUUAGAGAAAGCUUAUUCCAUAAGCAGCCAAAUUGGACACAAGAUGCUUGAGUUUCAAAGCCUUCUCAGCAUUACACAGUUAAAGAUAUUGCAGUCAGAGUUUGUGGAAGCAAAGGAAUAUCUUCUUCGAUGUAUUGCAAAAUACGAGCAAAUCAGAACUUUUCUGAAAGGAAACAGUGAAUUUAAAAUGUCUCUGUUGGAGGUACACGGUACUUUUCCCUACCAUUUACUCAUUGACUUGCUUUGCGAUAUUGGAAAAUUUGGAGAUGCUCUCUAUGUUGAGGAACUGGGACGAGCAAGAGUCCUCGUAGAAUUAAUGGCAGACAAAUACUCCGUGGAAAGCCACAUCUCAGCCGAUCCACAAUCAUGGUUCGGGAUUGAAAACAUCGUGAGGAGAGAAAGCAACUGCGUUUUCUUGUACAUUUCGUAUAGAAAGCGGCAUCUUCUUCUCUGGGUAUUGAAAGCAAAUGGAGACACUUGCUUUCGAAAAUCAGACGAAGCGGAAGUAGACACUCUUAUUGAAGAGAAAGUUUGCGAUGUGGAAGGAAUUUUCAAAAAGAGCGCCGCUGGCUUUGGCGUUUUACCCACAGCGAACUGCGAAGAUCGAUCUUUGGAUGACAACGUGACGACAUCUCUUCAUAAGGAGAGCCGAGCAAAUUUGCGAGGUGAACAAACCAAAGAUACCGAAAGAAUUCAUAAAUUGUGCUACAAAUGGAUCGUCGCACCCGUGGCAGACUUACUUACAGAGCCUGAAAUCAUCAUUGUGCCGGAUCGUUUUUCGUACCGAGUCCCAUUUGCUGCCUUGCGUGAUGAAUCUGCCGGAAGGUAUUUAUCGGAGAAGUACAGAAUCCGUAUUGUCCCUUCACUGACGACUCUCCGAAUCAUUCAAGAAUGUCCAGCGGACUAUCACAGUCUAAUUGAUGCACUGGUUGUGGGUGAUCCUACGGUCGGCGAAGUGCAUUACAAUGGACGUCUCAAUGACAUUACACCAUUACUCUGUGCAAGAAAGGAAGCAGAGAUGGUUGGUCGACUGCUGGGCGUUCAGCCUUUGUUAGGAAGUCGCGCAACAAAGCAGGCAGUACUUCAAGCGAUACCUUCGGUAAGUCUAAUACAUCUUGCCGCACAUGGAAAUUCCGAAAGAGGAGAGAUUGCCCUCUCUCCUCAACGUACUACUAACCAUACUCCUCAAGAGGAAGACUACCUCUUGACUACGUCCGAAAUUCAAGAGGUUCAAGUGCGAGCUAAACUGGUAGUACUCAGCUGUUGCCACAGUGGGCGAGGUUUGGUUAAAAAGGAAGGAGUCCUUGGAAUCGCUCGUGCAUUCUUAGCAUCCGGUGCACGUUCAGUGUUGAUAGCAUCGUGGGCUAUAGAAGACGAAGCAACGGAACAGCUCAUGAAUCAUUUCUACGAACACCUUGUGCGUGGAGAAAGUGCCAGUGAGUCUCUUCACCAGGCCGUUCAAUGGUUGAGAAGCAAUGGUUUCCCUAAACCUUCCCAAUGGGCUCCGUUCGUGUUGAUGGGGGAUAACGUAACAUUUGAUUUUACGAAAAAAGGGUAA